AUGAGAAAUGAUAGAGAUCGAGUCGGAACUUACACACCGACAUUUUCACGUUUGACAUUUGCUAAAAAGCCUCAUACGGAAUUAUUUGGUACAAGUAUUCCUGAUGCACGAUGUCAUUUAGCUAAAUGUUUACAAAUAUUAACAAGUUCUCAUCCAAAUCAAUUUCUAAGUGUUAUAACAAAUGGUUUAUCAACAGAACAAUUAUUAGACAUACAAAAAUAUUGUGCUUUAGCAAAAGUUACACUUACAUAA